UCUACGCAGAAGGAGGUGUGAAGUACGAAAAAUACAAUUAAAAAAUGAUAUGCGACAAAUUAAGUUUGUGUCAUCGUUUUAAUUAGUUUGUAUUAUUUGUUACAUAGUUAUUCCUUUGUAUUUGAGUGACGUUUGCCAAACGUUAAGAUGGUGAAAUACCCCACAAUGCCUGGGAGAUUGAAAGAGGAGGAUAUGAUGCAACUCGAGGCAUGGAUAGGAACAGGACCAAAAAACUUUACGUUGAUACAUAGCAUCUCUCGAGAUGGGUGUAGCCCUACCACAUUUCACCAGCGGUGCGACAAUCAGGGGCCGACUGUGACCGUGCUUUACAACACACAAGGGUCGGUAUUCGGAGGCUAUACAAGUGUCAGUCUUUCAAAACACCCUCAUUUUUAUGGCCGGGAAAUACAAGACAACGCCGCUUUUUUGUUUCAACUCUAUUUUGAUGGAAAGGCUACGGCCAAUAAGUUUCCAGUCAAGGAUAAAACUAAUGCAAUUUACUACAACGAUAAUCAAGGUCCAUCUUUUGGGAAAAACGGUGAUGAUCUCUCAACCUUUACAGAAACAAUUGGGUGUACUGGUGGACAUGUGUUUGCCUUAAACGGUUCAAUGAAAUCAUUUGGUUCCGCGUUUGAAUGCAGAGGUACAAGCAGGUCUGAUGUUUGCAAUAACAAUAUGACAGUUCUUGAAAUGGAAGUAUACCUAGUUACAGAACCAAGACAAGCUAUUGACACUACGUGGAGGAACAUCUCCGACGAGACAGUGGAUGGUUUUAUUGACGAGAUAUCAUCACUGAAACUAGAUAAAGUUCAAUCGGGAUCUGAAAUCCGGAUUCUUUUUCUGGGUCCAGUUGGAAGCGGAAAAUCGAGCUUUAUCAACACUUGCUGCUCGGCAGUUUUGGGGCGGAUUGUACAAAAGGCUAUCUGUGGCACUGGAAGGAACAGUGUCACAAGAAGGUACACAUCGUUUAUUCCUCGGACGAAUUUUGGAUAUUGCUUACCAAUCCGACUGUGUGACACUUCCGGAUACUCGGAGGACUUCGGACCUGAUGCAAUCGAGUGCAACUACAUACUGGAUGGCCACAUUAAAGAGAAUUUUAAGUUUUCCGACCGGGAGCACAUCCAGACGGACUCUGGUGACUUUGUUGUGAGCCCAAAGCCGGGGGACAAAGUCAGAUGUGGAGUGUUUGUGAUUGCAGCAGCAGAUCUAGAAGAUGACAGACGUGGAAUAUUUAAGAAAAUUGUCAGUCAAAAGGAACUGAUGGAAGAGAAAGGGAUUCCAAGCGUCGUCGUUCUUACAAAAGUGGACAAAUUGUGCAAAGAUGCUUCCCGUGUAUACAAGAACAGUGAUGUGAAAGAGGCUGUGGACACUGCUUCGUCUUUGCUCGGCAUAUCUCGUAACAAUAUAUUCCCAUUGAAAAACUACGAAGACGAAGUAGAAAUUGACGAGGUCGUUAAUAAUAUGGCGUUCAUCAUACUGAAACACAUCAUUUAUCGCGCACUGGAUGGAAUGGAGCCUGUCGGCGACCAGUGUACCCACACUGCUGCUUUGGAAACGACUGAAUCUGAUGUACUUUAAACACUCGUUACAUGCAAAUUUGUAAAAAAGCAUGACUAUGUGCAGUUAUAUUAUAGUUUCUGUAUGUAGUAAGAAUGGCAGCGAGUACAUAUAUUGAUUACAGUGCCGUGCCAUAAAUGACCCUUUUUAUCGUGUU